AUGUCACCAAGACAAUCGCCAAAGAAAAUGAACCCCAUCUUGGGCCUGGGCCUACUUUUGGCUGGCCUUCCUACUGUGGAAAGUCUUCAGCAGCCCAACCUCCCUCUGAAGAAUCAUGUACCAGUGAGCCAGAUCGAAUCAUGGAAGGGAAGGAGGGCAGCCCAGGAGCUCACAAAGCGGAACACAGAAUUCGGCUUCAAGCUUUUCAGGAAGCUGGCGUCCAAUAGCCCGGACAAGAACAUCUUCUUUUCCCCCUUGAGCAUCUCUUCAGCCUUUGCUAUGCUAUCUCUGGGUGCCCAGGAUUCCACCCUGGAUGAGAUCAAGGAAGGUUUCAACUUCAGGGAUAUUCCAGAGGAAGACCUUCAUGAAGCCUUUCAUUACCUCAUCCACAGGAUAAACCAGGAGGGCCAGAACCUGAAGCUGAACCUCACAAACACCUUGUUCAUCGACAAGAAGCUGAAGCCACAGAAGAAGUUUCUGACAAAUGUCAAGAACCAGUACAAUGCAGACACCGUCCCCAUCAACUUCCAGAACUUGGAAGAUACUCGGAGGCAGAUCAAUGACUAUAUCAAUGAGAAAACCCAGGGGAAAAUCAACAACCUGAUCAAGAAUAUAGAUCCCGGCACUGUGAUGCUUCUUACAAAUUGUAUUUUCUUUCUAGCCAGGUGGAAACAAGAAUUUGAUCCAAAAGCAACUAAAGAGGAAGACUUCAUCCUGGAUGGAAACAAGUCAGUGAAGGUGCCCAUGAUGUUCCGCGGGGGCAUAUAUGAAGCCGGCUAUGAUGAACAGCUCUCCUGCACUGUCCUGGAAAUGCCCUACCAGGGCACCAUCACUGCCAUCUUCAUUCUUCCUGAUAAGGGCAAAAUGAAGAAUGUGGAGGAGGCCAUAAAGACGGACACUUUGGCCAGAUGGAAAAAACUAACAACACGAAAGGUCGUGGACAUAUCUUUGCCCAGAUUCUCCAUCACCGGGACCUAUGACCUGAAGAGGACGCUGUCCUACCUGGGUAUCACCAAAAUCUUUGAGGAGCAUGGUGAUCUCACCCGGAUCUCCCCUCAUCGAAGCCUAAAAGUGGGUGAGGCGGUGCACAAGGCAGUGCUGAAGAUGGAUGAGAAGGGGACGGAGGGCGCAGCGGGCUCCGGAGCACAGACGCUGCCCAUGGAGAAGCCGCUCUCCAUCACUAUAAACAGAUCCUUUUUGGUGCUUAUUGAGGAUAGCGUCCUGUCUACUAUAAUCUUCAUGGGAAAGAUUACUAAUCCUACUGGGGCGUAACGGGGACUUCCAGCGAUGGCUCGGGGCUGAGAACGUUUUGUCUGCCUGAGAUCGGGAUUGAGGACCUUCUAAUCCAAUCCUACACCAUCAAGAGCUCCCAAGACCACCGUCCACACAGGCAGCACGGCUGGCGUUGGGGGCUCCUGUGCCUCAGCCCUCUCCCUGCCCUUUCUAGUGUAGGACUCGGACCCCCACCACCACCCACUUGGCUGGCUGUGAUCUUCUCUCCCCGGAGAGGCAGAGGGGCUUCGUGAUUUAAUAAACACCCCCUCAGUUCUGC